AUGACUGCAAAGGCUUCGUUUCAGCUUUUCCCGUCGCCGGCGAAGAACAAGAAGAAUCCGUUCCGGACAAUCCCAAGCAGAGAAGAAACAAGGAGUAAUUCCCCAAUUGUUCUUGAUGUCGAUGAAAGCAUCAAGUCAGGAAUCCAGACAGAAUCGGUCAUUAUCAAGAUCAUCGAGGACACGAACACAGACACCAUACAACCCCGGUUGACGGCUCUAUCGAAUACCUCGCCUUCAGAGACUAUGCCAAACACAACGCAAUUGAAUCCAGAGCAACGUCAGAAGACUCCUAUCUCUCCAGGAAAACCAAUCAACUCGAUGUUCCCGCAGUACAACCCUAACCUGCCGUUGAAUAAGCAGUCUUACUUUCCUCAGAAUAGAGAUUCAGGCAACACAUCUCAAGAUGGUGCUAGCUCUACAGGCGGUGUUGCUCAUGAACCACAACUCCCGCUUACAGAGGUCGAUGCCGUUCUUGGACCCAAGACUGUACCUGCCAGCGUCUUUAACUUCCCUUCGGGGGCCCUCAGUCCUCGGGUGCAAUUCUCGACUGCAGAAGAUUUGGUAACACUAUGGGAGUCUGCAAAUGGACAGGAAUUACAAGAAACUUUGGGGACAUUCAACUUGCGUGCAGAGAGGAUCGACACUACUACUUUCACCUUCGGUAACCCUCAAUUGCCAUUCUACACUUUACACGCUAGUGUGGAUGGGUUCUCGCUAUUAAGAAACCAUCCAUUGAAACGAAACCGCGGCGUCCAAGUCAUGGCUCUAGAUUUUGAAAAUCCAUCUCGUCGCCAACCACCGAACGACGGACUGGUAACGGUCAUCUUCUCAAAACUCGCAGCCAUGCUUGCCGUCGAACAAGCUGCAGAACUCACCCGACAUCAUUCUCUGGCUCCAUCCGAAGCGAUGGAAGUAGAGACCAACGCAGUCAAUCGUGCCGCGUCUCAAGAGUCAUGCCGUCUGAUUUGGAACGAACGGCAGCAUCGAUAUGAACUCCAGCAUCCAUCUAUACUCAAGCAACAUUCACUCGCCUUAGUAGGCGAUGACGGUAACCCACUCCCUCGAGUGCAGACGGCGAAACCUGGCAUCCUGCAUAUUACUGUUUCUCUCACUGCAGAGAGGGAGAGCGAGCAUUACCAACCGCCAGUCAUCAUGGUCACAAGCCCGCGGUCACCAAAUAGCAUUCAGGCAGGAGACAUGGAAGCGACACCACGCACAUCAACGUUACCGCAGGCAGAUAUGGACGAGCCCCUAGCCUCAUUCGAUCUUAACACCAUGACUCUAUCUAUCUGUGCCGGACUUACUACAAGCAUUAUUCCAUCUCUUUACGCGAUCGACUCUUUGAUUGCAGCCGUGCUUGCCGUCGCCGUCACGGAUGAGGGCACUUACCCUGUACUUGCCAACACAGAACUGUACGUGCCCGGUCUAGAUUCACCACGAACCCCGAGACAAAUGCCGCAAAUUCGUCGUAAAAGCCGACUCUUCCGCAAUUCCAUUGCUUCUACAGCUGCGAAAACGAAUACCACAUUUUCAGGAAAAUACUUUGCCACGUUUGCCGAGCGCGAAGAAGCAGAAGAAGAAGCCAAACUCAUGGCCCAAAUUCACGCAGCGGAGUCUAAGGAACGAAACAAAAAGAAGAAGAAGAAUACUGCCACGCCGGAGAAGAAAAAAGGCGGGAUGUUCUCGUUUCUCGGUGGCAAGAAGAAUCAAGACAAGCCAGAGGGCAAAACGAAGCAGAUCAUAGUCGAGGAAUUCGACCUAGAGAAAUACGGACAUUUCGGUCAAGCAUCAAGCAGAGAGGGCGAAGAUUUACCUGGACCGGCCAAGAUGUUGGUGAGCUUGUUGGUUUUCGGGCUGCAGAUUGUUGUUACGUUGUUGUCUGCGGGUGUUAAAUGUGCUGUUUGGAUUGUGGUUAAUGUGACUCGAUGCGUGACGAGUGAGAAAUUUUGA